AGGCGCAAUAUAGCAUCCUGCAUCCAAUCCACAGUAGCCGCGGCUACUAGCUAGCUAGUCUGCUCCACGCUGCAGGGCUUUUAGCUUAAUGGCCGGGCUAAGCGUUCUCCUGGAGAACCACAGCAAGAGCUACACCGGGAAGGCGGCGGCGGCGCAGAUCAUCAGCAAGGCCACCCUCGUGACGACGACCCACGGCCCCAACCACCACCAGCAGCAGCGGAAGAUCCCUGUCUCUGCGGCGGCUGCGGGCUCCUUCCUGCAGCGCUGCUGCCUGUGCCACAAAGAGCUUGCCGAGGGCAUGGACAUCUACAUGUACAAAGGCGACCGGGCGUUCUGCAGCGAGGAGUGCCGGUGCCGGCAGAUCUUCAUGGACGAGGACGCCACCACCGUGCGCGGCAGGCGGCCAGUCAAGACAAGACAAGGAUGGGAACGUGAAUGGGAGACGUAGCUUAGGUGGUGCACCAGAUGACCAGAUCUUCUUCAUGGAAACAUGGAUGGGGAGACGGAGACAAGACAAGGAUGAAGAUGAUGAACACAGUGUGGAAGUGUCUGCCAGCUCAUCCCCCGUGGGGUCCGUCGCAUGCGCAGCACACUAGUAGUACGUGCGUGGCAUCUUGCUGGACCCACUGGAUAAGAUGGCCGCACGACUUGGAGCCGCUCUUUGGGCCCCACCUCAUGAAUUGGAUCAGGAUCCGACCGAGUAAUUAGCGGGCCGCA